AUGGCAACUGGUGUGAUACGGAACCUCUCUGAAUUUAAAUUACCACCAUCCUUCCAGCAUCCAUUCUUACUCCCAGAACUAACUCAGGACAUAGACUUCCAGGAUUCAUCAGAAGAGGAAGAUGAAAUGCUGGAGGAAGAGGAGAUGGAUGGCUUUUCAGAUGGAGAACAAGCAGCCAUCAGGUCAACAAACCGCUCCAACCCAUACGACAAUGGUACAGAAGACAGCUGUACUGAAAUGACAGAGCAGCUUUUGAAGUUCUCGGAACUCAUCAGCUCUGACAUUCAAAGGUAUUUUGGACAGAAGACCAAGGAAGAAGACCCAGACUCUUGCAAUAUUUACGAAGACUAUUUCAUUCCUAGACUUUCUGGAGGCCAAGAAAUGUAUUACCAAGAUCUCAUGAAGAUAGCACAAAGCAGAGACCAUGAUAAGGCUGACGUGUUUAACCCACUCACACCUCCUGUAGAGCUGGAUCAAAAAUUUCUGAAAACCAUCAAAGAAGAUCCCAAGAAGCUAGGACCUCUGACUGAGUUGUUCAACUUUGGUCUUCGUAAGUACACUCGGCAGAAGGUGGCGAUGGGCAAAGAUGGCCGGUUACAAAGACUAGAGCGGAAAUAUGCUCAUAUUGUCCCCAUGCAUAGACGGUUGUUGCCCUUGUCUUUCUGGAAAGAACCAUCCCCUAUUCCAUUAUGCAUACUUAAUACAAACACACCAGACUUCAGCGACCUACUGGAAAACUGGACAUCUGAUACACAUCAAGAACUACAUAAUACCGGCAGAGACCUCAUUGGUGAAUUUAGCAGAUAGGCCAACUCAGUGACUGGCAACAUGCAGGUCACCCAAAAUAUUAGAACUAACACUAUGAAACAGCA